CCGGUGAUACGCCCGACUCCAUUUUGCAAGAUAACAAGUAACUUGUUAUGGAUCCCCACCAAAACAAAGGGCUUAAAAACAAAAUCAGUGCCUAAUUGAGAUCCUGGAGUUUUCCACCUCCAACUUGACCGAACAACCAAGUGGACCCACAUCCAGCAGGAAAAUGAAUCUUCAAAAAGUGUAGGCCUAUAGCUCAGGAGGCAGGAGUUGGACUGAAGGCGACCAUGGCAGAGGUCUAAACAUCUGUGUAGAGCUCCUCAAAAGUUAAGGGCCUCGUCCCCUUCCAUGAAAAGCAGUGAGGGAGCUGACCACUAGCAUGAACCAUGGACCAAGGUGCAGUGGACAGUCCAGUCACGCUUGUCAUCAAAGCCCCUAACCAGAAAUAUGACGACCAGACCAUAAGCUGUUUCCUGAACUGGACUGUGGAGAAGUUGAAGAAACACAUCUCAGAUGUCUACCCCAGUAAGCCGUCUUCAAAGGAUCAAAGGCUGGUGUACUCUGGAAAGCUUCUGCAAGACCACCUGCAGCUGAGGGACGUUCUACGAAAGCAAGAUGAGUACCACAUGAUGCACCUGGUGUGUGCCAGUCACAGCCCCCCCGCUUCCCCCUGUGCCCACAGCAGUGCCCGCACCCCAGGGACGCCAGAGAAUUCUGACAGCUCCAGCUCCUCCUCCUCAGCUGGCUCACCCAAUCAGGAUGGAGCACCUGCCCCCAGUGCAGGAAGUAGUGACGGCCUGAGACACCGGGGCCCCUCCCAUGCCCAUGCUGUCAACCCAGCGCCCCCUGGCAUCAUGCCAGAUGGGUUCCAUUUCCCCAUGCCAGAAGGGGCUCACCUGCCGGCCCACCCCAUGUAUGCCCCUAUGCAGCUGCUGUGGUGGCAGCACAUGUACGCCCGCCACUACUACAUGCAGUACCAGGCAGCGUUGGCAGCCUCCCAGUCCCCCUUCGCCGCCCCGCCGACCCCCUCCACCAGUGCCACCACCGCGUCCCCAACUGCAACCCCGGCCCCGCAGGCCAACGAUGCCCCAGCCCCCGCUCCUCCUCCUGCUGCUGCUGCUGCUGCUGCCCCCCACCCCAACCCGGCGCCCGCCCCUGGGGAGCAGCCCCCGGCCAACCCCCCUAACAUCCAGAUGAACGCCCAGGGUGGGCCGGUGCUGAACGAGGACGAGCUGAACCGCGACUGGCUGGACUGGAUGUACACGGGCAUGCGCGCCGCCAUCCUGCUCAGCAUCGUCUACUUCUACUCCUCGCUCGGCCGCUUCGUCAUGGUCAUCGGCGCCAUGCUGCUGGUCUACCUGCACCAGGCUGGCUGGUUCCCCUUCCGCCAGGAGCAGAACGCAGGAGUAGGGGCAGGAGCAGGAGCAGGAGCAGCAGGCCCAGCCCAGGAGGACGCAGACCGCCACGAUAUGCAGGAGAUGGAGCGUCUGAUGGACGAGGGCGUGGAGGAGGAGGAGGGGGAGAGUGGCGAGGAGGGCCAGGAUGAAGGGGCUAACGGGGGCCCGCCACACCCCGGCUUCCUGGCCGCCGCAUGGUCCUUCAUCAGCACCUUCUUCACCUCGCUCAUCCCAGAGGGACCCCCUCACCCUGCCAACUAAGGGCGUGUGUGUGUGUGUGCGUGCAUGUGUGAGUGUGUGAGAGAAUGUUUACAUGCCACAUGUGGAUGUGCACAUAUACUGUAUGUGCAUAUAGCUGUGUGUGUGUGUGUGUGUGUGUGUGUGUGCGUGUGCGUGUGCGCGUGCGCGUGCGCGUGCGCGUGCGCGUGCGCGUGCGCGUGUGUGUGUGUGUGUGUGUGUGAGUGGUGGAAAGGCCUGUGCCGUGUAUAGUGGCGAAGAGUGGAAAGUUGCAAACGGAAUAAAACGAAAGGAAGAAUGCGAACGGAACAGUGGAAAGUUGCAAACGGAAUAAAGUGAUGUCACAAUAAACGAAAGAGGACCCACCCUCAGAGUCCUGCUUGUGCCACUUGUGGGCGGGUCCUAAAUGCUGCUUUUUAGUGUGAGUGCACAUCUCCCCAAACCUUCUGCGUUACUUAUUGAGCUGACACUUUAUUAUGGUUUUUAAUUUUGCUCUUAUUUUUAUUUGUUUCCUUUUUAAUCGUGUCAGAAGGUACCCUUCAGUGGACUGGCGAUGUCUGUGUCUUCCACAUUUUUCACAUGUUUGAUAAAAAAAGAGAAGUUGCUUAAAAGAGGACUAACAGACACAUUCUGACACAUGCAAGCAAAUAUGAGAACUGAUAUAUAUAUAUAUAUAUAUAUAUAUAUGUAUAUAUAUAUACAAGCUACGUACUGCAUAUUUAAACAAAUGGAUCUAACGACAAUAAGGUAUUGCUUUUUUGAUUAAUAAAAAAGCUUUGAC